UCCCGCUUCGUCCGCCAACUUCCACUCCGCUCGUCAAGAUGGGUUUCGGCAAGAACAACGUCCUCCACCGCAACCACUUCCGCAAGGACUGGCAGUCGCGCGUCAAGACGUGGUUCGACCAGCCGGGCAAGAAGCACUCGCGCCGCGUCGCUCGCCAGGCCAAGGCUGCCAAGGCCGGUCUCCGCCCGGUUGAGCUCCUCCGCCCGGCUGUCCGUGCCCCGACGGUCCGCUACAACCGCAAGCUCCGUGCCGGCCGCGGCUUCACCAAGGCCGAGCUCAAGCAGGCCGGCGUCCGCGCCAAGGAGGCCCUCUCGAUCGGCAUCCCCGUCGACCACCGCCGCCGCAACAAGUCGGAGGAGUCGCUCAAGCUCAACGUCGAGCGCCUCGAGGCCUACAAGGCCCGCCUCGUCGUCUUCCCCAAGAAGGCCGGCAAGGUCAAGGCCGGCGACGCGGCCGACGCGUCCAAGGACACGGAGCGCGUCAAGAACGUCGCCGCCGCGUUCCCCAUCCCCAAGGGCUCGGCCGUCCUCGAGGAGCCGCGCGCCGUCACGGCCGAGGAGAAGGACUUUGCCGCCUUCCGCGCGCUCCGCGUCGCGCGCUCCAACGCCCGCCUCGUCGGCGUCCGCGCCGAGCGCAAGCGCAAGGCCGAGGAGGAGGAGGCCGCCAAGAAGAAGUAAACACUCGGCCCUUUGCCUCUUCUUUCGACCGUCCCCCACCUUUUUGUGCUUGUUCCCGCCCCGCCCGACCAACCCUCUCGCACCCUCCCUCCCCCACCCCAUGCCCCCCUGCAACGGCGUUGUUGUGCUGGCGAACGUCCAAAC